CAGACCGGCCCUCCAGAGACGUGAGGGGAGUUUCACGCAUCAUCCUUGUUCGGCCAAUUUUUAAACAUAAUAAACAAAGCAGCGCGCGGGAGAAAAGAAAAGAACGAAACGACGCCGAGGAUCUGCGGCUCUGGAUUAUAUUCAUAUGUCACCUCGUCUUGAUUCCUGGUGGUCUGCAGAUGAGCAACAGACGAACUUGAUGAGGGUCCAGUGAGACGAUGAGAGAGGAGUGACUGCUUCAUCCUCCUCCUGCUGCACGAGGCUGAAGAGGCGUCCCUUCAGUCCGCCUCUCGUUUUGUCACCAUUUCGUCUCCGAGUGUGUCCCCCAGGAGCGUUUCAAAACUGUUUCUCCAACGCUUGUUCCAGAAACUUGGACUGUUCUCCAAAGCAGACGCGGCACAGCCCUCCCAGACUGAGGUGAUGGGAAGCGUGCGAGCCAGCCGCUACAGCAUUGUGUCAUCAGAGGAGGCCGGCAUGAAGCUUGCCACCAUGGCAGUGCCCAACGGCUACGGCAAGAGCAAGGUGCACACGAGGCACCAGCCGCAGAGCAGGUUUGUCAAGAAGGACGGCCACUGCAACGUGCAGUUCAUCAACGUGAGCGAGAAGGGUCAGCGGUACCUGGCCGACAUCUUCACGACGUGCGUGGACAUCCGCUGGCGGUGGAUGUUCAUCAUCUUCUGCCUCGCCUUCCUCCUGUCGUGGCUGUUCUUCGGCUGCAUCUUCUGGCUGGUGGCCAUCUUCCACGGGGACCUGGAGAACGACGGCAAGAAGUGCGUCUCCAACGUGAGCAGCUUCACCGCCGCCUUCCUGUUCUCCAUCGAGACUCAGACGACGAUCGGUUACGGCUACAGAUACGUGACGGACGAGUGCCCCGUCGCCGUGUUCAUGGUGGUUUUCCAAAGCAUCGUGGGCUGCAUUAUCGACGCUUUCAUCAUUGGCGCCGUCAUGGCAAAAAUGGCAAAGCCCAAGAAGAGGAACGAAACGCUGAUUUUCAGCCAUAACGCCACGGUGGCCAUGAGGGACAACAAGCUCUGUCUGAUGUGGCGUGUCGGUAAUUUGAGGAAAAGCCACUUGGUCGAGGCGCACGUGCGGGCGCAACUUCUGAAAUCCCGCAUGACGGCAGAGGGGGAGUACAUCCCUCUUGACCAGAUGGACAUAAAUGUGGGCUUCGACAGCGGAGUCGACCGCAUCUUCCUGGUCUCGCCAAUCACCAUCGUCCACGAGAUCAACGAGGAAAGCCCCUUCUACGACAAGAGCAAACAGGACCUGGAGAACUCGGAGUUUGAAAUCGUGGUCAUCCUGGAGGGCAUGGUGGAGGCGACGGCCAUGACCACGCAGUGCCGCAGCUCCUACGUCGCCGGCGAGAUCCUCUGGGGCCACCGGUUCGAGCCCGUGCUCUUCGAGGAGAAGAGCUACUACAAGGUGGACUACUCCCGCUUCCAUAAGACGUACGAGGUGCAGAGCACCCCGCUGUGCAGCGCCAGAGACCUGGCGGAGAAAAAGUACAUACUCUCCAACUCCAACUCUUUCUGCUACGAAAACGAGAUGGCGCUGGAGAACAAGGAGGACACGGACGAGGGGAACGGGGGCAGCGUGGGGCCCGACGGCCCCCAGACGGACAACAUCUCAGAGACGCACAGCCAAGCCACGGUGCCGCGGCCUCUGAGACGGGAGUCAGAAAUAUGACUGUUCAGACCUCAAACCUCACUCGAGAGAUUUGGGGGUUUUUUUGCGUGAAAAGAAUCACCUCUCCGCUCCAAGAGGCACAAAGAGCCGAGCUGGGCCUCGAGUAGAGGACGAGCCGAACGGUACUGCUGCGGGAGGCGGCAAAGGUUUAGGACUUUGUAUGCAAGAGUCUGAACGUUGACUGACAAAACACAGCACUAUGAACCUUGUGCAUAUUUGCAGGAUGAUGAAUUCUCCACAAAGUCCCCAUGAAUGUGUUCAGUGUCCUGUGACUGCAAGACGACGGAGAGGAACGUUGUUGUUGAGAUGACUUGAAAAAAAAAGUGCAGGCAUGUCUCGGUUUCUCUGUCCGGCAAGAAACACGGCGCUUUCAGAAAGAUGGAUUUUUAUAUAUUUAUCAUAUAGAACGUGUUCGCAAUUGCUGCUAAAAAGUUAAAAAAAAAAAAAAAAAAAAAAAAAAAAAGCCCUUAAAAGUUGCUUUCCUUAUUACACGUGGAGAAGUGAAGAGUACACGACAAGCAGACGUCUGGAACAGAGAAGGUACACGUCAGAGUACUCGUUCGCGAGCUGGUCUCACGUCAGACGGUCACGCAAGAGAUCGAAAAAAAGAAAUUGCACCAAAAGGAAAAACUUUCUGUUCGCAAGAAAGGUCGAGCGUCACGACUCGACGGCACUGAAUUUUCUGAUCUCCUGCUCUUUCCCCCUCUUUUGCGGCCGUCGACCCGAGACAACGCGCCGCUGCCGGUCAGACCGAUCGAAACAUGCCCGCUGGUGUCGAGGAGACGGAGCAGAGUUAGUAUUAACGGCAUCAAACUGACAGAAAUCAUUAAUUUAAACUGAUACCGGGGUAAUGACGAGAAUCUGAAUGUUCUUAAAAGUGCUGCUAUGAUGUUGCUUCUCUCUCUCUCGCUCUGUCCGUCUCUCUCUCGCUCUUCGCGGUUGAUGAAAAAUGCCAAAGAGUAUUAUUAUCAUUAGUUAUGUGUUUCUUAAAGGCAUCACCUGAUUAGAUUUGGUACAGAGGAGUAGAAUGUGUAGGAGUUUUGUUUUUUUCAGAGAACGUGUGUACAGUUUUUAAAAAGGAGAAAUAUGUUGAGCGUCCUUAUGUUGAGCCACUUCAUCAAGCCUUAAUCUGGGGAGUAAAAAAAGUGGGGAAAUGGGGAAAGUGAAGAUGUUUUGUGGCAUUUGCUGAAUUAAAAAACUGAAUUCCGCUCGUCAGGAGGAUUUGAAGGCGUCAGCUUUAACCAGAAAUGUCUUCUUCUAGUUUUGAAUCUCCUCAUCAAUUUUUUUGUAUGAAAAAUAACUUCAUCUCCCUUCUGAUGUCUGAAUCCGACAGUGUUAUGACUGGAGGGGUUUUUUUUUUUAAGUCUCAUUUUCUCUUGCAGAAAUAUCAAAUUUCCAAGUAAAACAUUCUCAAAGCCACUUUUCCCUCUUCGCUGUUUGCAGACGACAGAUCGUCUUCUUCCAUGUCAACACUGACUCGACUGUUGUGUGAGAAUGUACGAUUUGACAGCGUAGUUCAAAAGCCACAUGUACUGUAAUAACUCCUGCAUAUGAAGGUCGCACUGCACAAGAGUUUGCAUCAAUUCAAAUGUAUAUCCUGUGCAUCUUUUUCCUUUUUUUUCUUCCCCCCAGCGACAGAAGCCUCCGGGCUCCGUGGAUCCUACCUGUGUAAAUACCUUCCCUAUUUCCUGUUGCAGUUAUUUUGUAUCAGUCUUCCAAAUGUACUGCAAAACCAUGGAAUGUACAGAUUUUUGUAUUAAUAUUAUUAUUUUUGUUGUUGUACAUGAUAUUAUAUUGUUCUUUUUCCAAUAAAAUGCCAGUUGGACAAUCAGAA